GGAUCAUAACAAUUUAGGCCACACAUUAAAUGGUAAAAUAGGGUCCUGUUGGGGUUCUACUGUCUUCUUUUUUGGUUUGGCAUACUGUAGUAACAGAGACAGAGGAAAAACAGCAACUCUUGCUUUCUUGCUGUCUACUUCCUGUUUUAACCAAGCCCAGGCAGUUUAAUAGAUGCCACAGCUGCAUAGUUGUGUAAGCUUGUAAAGUCGUAACCUAGCUUUACAGUUCCUGUUUCGGCAUUGAUUGGGUGAAUUCUGCACAGCUUCCGGCAUAAACAAAAACAUUCGUCUCAGCUGAUUCCCUCACAACCCGUUGUGAACAAACAUUUGGAGGCUCUCAUGCUUGGAAUUGUUUUGUUUCCUGGGACACCACAGUUGUAUGCUGAUACUGUGUGGAUAUUUGAAGAAGCUGAAAACUAUGCUUGUCUGGAUGUCAGCCCAGUAAUUCAGAAAAGGUGGUGGUGGAUUCUUGCAGGAAACUAUACAAAAGACAUUGGACCAACAUCCCCUGACAGUGAAUGCUGUAUAUAUGUGGAAAAAUUAUCACUUAAAAGUGCAAGAACUAAAGAAUGGACAAUAGUUAUGAGAAUUUAAGUUCUUUCACUAGUACCGACUCUUUCCCAAUUAAUAUUUCAGAGUCACACGAAUGCUUUAUCUGCAGAGAAGGGGAGGGGAGAGCCUGUGAUGCUUUGCUGAACUUCUGUGACUGCAAGAGCCUGCUGGCCCAUCACAAGUGUCUUCUUGCAUGGAUACAAAAGGGCCCAGGAACUGAAGACAGGCCGAGAUGCAGAGUGUGCACAGCUGAGUACCACUUGCAGAAAGGAUCAGCAUGGAGGCUUGUUGCCUGCCGGUGGCAGAUUUGGAUCAUUUGCACCAUAACCUUUGCCCUGUUCGCCAUUGUUCCCUUCGCGGUGUACAUGAUGAUGACUGCUUUCAGAAACCCUCCUCCCCACCCUUUGUUUAAGGCGGCAGCAGUCUGCUUUGGACUGCUCACUGAGAUGCUCCUAAUUAAAUUCCUUAUGUGCUACUGCAGUAGCUCGUACAGCAGUGCCAAGAUGUCUUCAUUCUCCAUUCGGGCACGGACUGUGGAGCGAUGCGACACAGGCUUCGGCCUUCUGUGGCCAGCAGCAGCCGGUCAGAACUCAUCAACAGCUGUGGGGAGCAUAGCAGAGGAGAGAAAGCAGGAGGUCGUCAUGGAGAGUGAGGGCUUGGGCCUCAAGCUCUGUGUGUGAGCACAAACCAGAACACCCAGGCAAUGGCCUAAGGAAACCCCAGCAGCAGUGAAAAAAACAGAUUGACACUCAGUGACUCAUUUAGCUUCUGGAUUGGACAGAUUUCUUCCCUGCGGGCAGUUUUGGCCUUGUGUCACUGGGACAGAUAGCACAAAGUGGUGUCUUAUCAAAAUUGUAUCAGUGAUGGAGAAAAAAAAAGCAGUCGUCACAAUGAAGAGAUUUUAGCCUCAUAUUGACAACAGAAGACUAAGUAAUUUCUAGUUGGUAAAUUUGUUUUAUUAAAAAAAAAAUGCUUUCAUCCUGCCAAAAUGGAAGAUUGGGCAAGUAAAAAUUGAGGUUUAUAAUCAAGCCAUCAUAAAUCAUUGAGGGGAUUCGCAUUUCUAGAAUUCUGAUUAAAGGGUUAGGCACACAAAACAUUGUGCCUUAAAGCAUCUUCUGAAGAUUGUGUUCGUUCCCAUGAUAUGUUUUCCUUGGCAAACAUCAGCCUGUAAAUAGAAAUUGCUUAUAGUAUUUGUCAUCAACACAGCUAGCCCAGCACCGCUAGAUUCAUUGGGGCAUUUUCUGGAACCCAAGUUUGAGCAAUGGUAGUGAAAAGAAAAUAUAUUUUUUUAGUUUUUUUUUUUUCAAAUCUGCCCAGGCACUUUAAAAACAGCAUAUGGGCCCAGGAUACAGCAAAGGGUAAAAAUAAAUAUGGGAAAAUCUAUUUCCCACUUCCUCCACAGUUGGCAGGAGGCGUGGUGCUGAAAUGGCAUGAUCGAUUCUGACAUUAAAACCCAGUACAACUUCUGUUAGUGCAGUCUGCUUCAACAUCACUUUCCUCUUUGGAUGCUGAUUUCAAUCCAAGUGCCUCUCUUUUCUUCACUCAUUAAAGUAUAACAGAUCUUUAUUGUAGUUGGACAUAUCUUUGUCAGUCCCAAACAUGACCAGAUCUAAACUCUCUCUUAUUUUUUGGAGGAUAGGAGGAAACUUGUGUUUGUUUUCCUUUUGCAAUCCGGGGUUCAACCAGCCUACAUUUAACCCGGUCAGGUGUACACUUAGUAAGGAGAAAUCGUUCACAGAUGGCCAUAGAAAAAUACCAAACCCAGGCUAAAAUAACGUGCAGUGUUGUGUGAUACAGUGCUGUUACAGAUUCUGUCCUGUCCUCUGUAGAAUGCAGAUGAGUCAGGGCUCUUCGGCAUUGUGGUUUAGAUCCUUGCUUGCUGGUUCGCGCCCAGCCUCAGCCCAUUACACUAACCCACUCAUUGUUUUUCAACCACAGGGAUUACAUCUGAAAAGACUUAAAAGCUGAAUUUCUGAAGUUAAGGUUUUAUUUUUAUUUUUAUUUUUUUUCAAAAUGACCACUAGGUGUAUUUAUUACAUUUUAAUUUGGCAUUUUCCAUUUAAUAACUCACAUUUCUCAACAGAGAUGUAUAGAUAAUAGGAUAGUAAGCAUGUAAGAAAUGUAAUACUUGGGGGGGGGGGGGGGGGGGGGGAGUACAUGGUAGAAAGUAUCCCUUUAAAUUACAAAGUUUAAAGCAUCCUGCUAUCACAUCUGAAAGUAUAUUAUCCAUGAUAAAAAGGAAAAUCUCAAUUCGAAAUGGCAAUGCAAAGCAGGUAAAAAUAAAUAAAUAAAUAAAGUACCACCUAACAUAUUCACUAUUUCUCUGCUCUGCAGUAUGCUCAAGGACUCUCUUCACCCUGAUAGGGGUGUGUUUUACACAGCCUGGAAUAAUAUUGUCAGUGCUGUCAGUCUCAGUGUUUAUUUAUUUUUUAAUUCAAAUGUAUGUGAACUGAGAUUACUAAAGGGGUGGGGUGCAUGGGGAGCAGGAGAAUGACUGUGUUUGAAAGUACGGAGUACAAAUUUCUUAAAUACAGCAAUAAUAAUCAACACAUUAAAAGUAUACUCCUCAUGUAAUAAUGCUUGAAUUCCCUGUUGCACUCUGGACUCAAAAUACCUUUGUAGAAGAAGUGAUUUUAUUAAAACUGGCAUUCCAAACUGAAGAAAUGAAAUGCCUGGCGUUUCAUUCUUGCUCAAGAGCCCCUAAUAAAACUCUAUCCCUCUUACACAAGCUCUUUAUUAGAUCAUAAAUGGCAUUCAUAUCAAAUAUUAUUACACAGGAAAGACAUGCAUAUACAAUUAUAUUCUGAUUGUCUCAAUUGUGUUAAGGUUUUAUUAAAUAUGUCUGGUGGAAGUCUCACUGUAAAUGUGUUCCAUUAUGAAGCAUUUGUCCUGCCUAUUACAGCAAGCGAUUUCUGUAAACGCUCGUCGGUACAUUUUCCGGUCUCUAUAAUUAUCUCCAGCAGGAUCAUAAGGCUAACUCACUGUAUAUCUGUUGUGAAAUGCCAUAACAAAAGUGAGCCCACGCCUGUGUGAUUUCAAGGCUUAAUAUUCUGAUGUGCCAGAUGGGCACUUUCAUGACUGUGUGAGCGUGGAUUAUUUCAUUUCCUGCAUCUGGGACUCCAAAUGUCUGCACAGAAUGCUUCAGGAGAAAGUUGCAGGCUGGCAACUGGGGAGGUUUACCUUCAGUGGGGAGCUGACAUGAUCUGGCAACGAGGCGGCAGAGACUUUGGCACACAUAGCUUUCUAAAGGUUACGUGCCUGGGCUCCAACGCGAGGCAAAUGUUCAAGAAAUGUCUGUCUAAAAUUCCUAGCAGUGGGCAGCAUCAGUUUUAAUUUAGAGCUGGUUAGGUAUGCAGAUUUGAAGUGAAGUUGUUCCUGCUUAAAAAAACCCCAAAAAACUAACAAAUCAAAUGUACUUUUUAAAGUCUUUAUUAUGUUGUACUAUAACAUUUACUGCAUUUGAUUAGUUGAUCUAAGCCUGCCCUUAUAAACGUUUACUAUGGUAUAUUUAGCAGUUUGCCACAUUUUUCCUAUGCUUAUACUAUACUUUCACUGUUGUUUAUCAUGGUUGACCAUCUUUUUUCUCCCACAAUGCUUUAACAUAGUUCCCAGUGAACAACUAUUCUUGAUGUACUUUACCAAUCUACACUUUUCAGUGCUUUCACUGCAUUUUACUGCAGUCAAUUUUUUUACACAUCUUUUAUAAACCACUUGGUAACCACUUGAAACCAGGGGGUUCAAGUUCGGCAGGGAUAUCAAUAUCAAUUAAAACAUGCACAAUUGCAUGAGACCGGGGGGGGGAGUAAUACAAGGUUUAAGGUGGGCUAUUGUAAACAAACAUGACUAUUAGAAAAAUUAAAGUGCACAAAAUGCUAAAUGAAUGAAUAUAGCGCACAAGCACAAAUUAUUUGUCUUGUGCACAAGAUGACAACUAGUUCAUUUUUUUUGGAAGAGAUAAGAUACCCAGCUCCAUGCAAUAUGUCCCUAGGAUGUGCUCAUAUAUACUCUAGUGAGAGGGACAUUCAGUGUGAGCUACAGAAUGUAAUGUUAACAGAAUUGCUUGGCAUGAAGGAGCUGUUGGGGGUAAUUCAAAAUGUAAUUAAUCUGUUAUUCGUGGUCAGGACUUUGUAAACAUGUCCUCAAGGUUCAUGUCUAGAUUAAUCUUUUGUAUCAAUUGGAGCUAAACACUGCACAGGCAAGUGCACUGGAGAAACCUGAAAGGACUGUCCUGGGUAGCUCUGCAUUCUGCAAAAUAAAAUAAUAAAGCACUCAGGCCCACGUGGGAUCAUCCAAUAUGUUUCAGUCAGUGUGUGAACUAGCAGGUUACUGUGAUGGACCAACAAAGGGUUUGGAGCACCAAAUGCCCCAGUCGUGAAUGUUUCUGAUCUCUGUCUCCAAUUAUGUGUCAUUCAGCUACCAGUUGUGAGGGCUCAGUUCACAGAGAUUUGCAUUUUAUAAACAAAAAUAAGUGUUCAAAUGAAAUUUGAAGAACAAAACACCUCUAUUACUGUGUGUUUUCCAUGGAUUCAGUGAGGAAAUACGGCACUCCUUAUCUCCCUAUUCUACAUCCACAUCCAAUCCAUUAUCUAGGGAGUAGUGUUUGCCAUGAAGAGCUUGGCAAAGGGUUACACAUUCUUGAUUGUACAUGACAGAGCCUACCAUAGAACAUGAAAAUAAUGGUCGGCUUUGUUUAAUUUUUUUAUACCGGAUUGUUAGGAAAUGAACAGCUUCAGACAUUAAGUGAAUUAAACCUAUAAGUGUACACUAAACAGAAUUGGGAGACCAGUUCAUAAGGGUUUUUUUUGUUCCAGGAAUAUAUGAUUAUUAUUUCCCAAAGUCUGUUGACAGCAUGCUACACACCACAGGUACGUGAAGCCUGUCUCCCACUGCCUUGUGAAUGCACAGUGCACUAACAGAGCAAUGUGCUCUUGGUUAGCAGAAGAUGCAGCCUGCAAUGCAAAAUGUUACAUUUUGUCUUAACAAGGGCAUAAAGAUUUAGCAAGUAUCAACCUAUGAGCCACGUUUUUUUUUUAAUUUAGGAGAAAAGGUGUUUAAUUAGAAAAGUACAAAUGAAUACAAUUUGUAACAGUUUCCUCAUUUAUGGAAACUAAAGGUGAAUAGGAUGUUAGCAACUUGCUGUAUUUUUGUUAAUAACAUGCAAACUAAUAAACAUGUAUACUACGCCAAUGGGGAAGAAAACUCCCUAGGUGAUUGGGGGGAAAAAGCAAGACACACAACAAAAACAGAGUUACCAAACCAGAGAUAAACAGCUCAGACGUUUCAUGUAAGGUCUUAUACUUAGUCUUACGUUGUUUCUUACCCAUUUAGGAAUUGUAAUUAAUGUUUCUUCGUUUCAAAAAAAAAAAAAAAAAAUUGUUCUAACACAAUUGGGAGUAAAAAGCUUUGAGAAGUGCCCUUUUAACAUUUAAAGAAUGUUCUUAUGUAUUGAAAUGGGUGUUCUAGCCUGUAGUUAAAAGAGCUAUAACUUAUUAAACCCUGUUAAAAAUAUUUCAGAAAAGUAAAUUACUUAUGAGGGACACAAUAUUUUUAUCCCAAUAUUUUUCUUGCAUGUCUCCACAAAACAAGAUGCUGAAUACACGGGAUAUUGCCAGAGUGAACAAAGAGCUCAGCAGAAAGGCAUUGGUUCCACUGGGAAGCCCUGGUACCAGUUACGAGCUCUUGCCUUUUACUAUUUGAGGAAUCAAUUCAAAAGUCUGCUUUAUAUUCUAUAUGUGAGCCCGUUUCUAGCUGGAAUCGGCUGGUGUUUUAAUCGGAUUCACAUACAGACGUUUGGAAGCAUUGAUUGAGUUUGCCACGGAAACGCUGCACAUUUGCUUUUGGAUCCAAAAGAAUCCAAUAGAAUUGACUCCUUGUUCAUACUAGUUUAGCCAAUUUAACCACUUUUCUUCCCUUGUGAAGAACUGUUUAAAACAGUACAUGCAUGAAAAAUGUCUUGAGCGACAGUAAAUCUUUUAGUUACCCCUUACUAAAUACUAGCUAGCAACCAUUUGAUUCACAAGCAUGACAGUUAAAAGUGUUUUCUACCUCACGUCUUGUGUUUCGGUGUAGCUCAGGACCUCAAUAGAAUGCAGGCUUCCACUGGCUUCCACUGCUGUCAAAGCUCAUGACUAAUUCAAUAGGAGUUGUGGAAUAAAACACAUAUGUCGGGUCCUUGUGGAUUUAAGAUUUACCUGUCCUUCUGAAAGUCAGUCAGGUUGCCAAUGAGUACCUAUGCCAGACUUUGGGUUAGACUGCGCAAACUUCAGCAUGGCAUGUUCUGCCCACGAAGUCAUUUUGGUUGGCACAGAAUGCUAUCCCAGGCCUAUAAUCCCGGUUUUGUAUUUGAUGUUCUUCUAUAAGUAUACCUUCUUCUAAUGACUCUGAGAAUAACAGCAUAUGAGGGAGUUGUGUGAGUCUGAAUUUCUCUUCCACAGUGACAUCAGAUAAUUUUUUAAGGAGAUCUUGGGGCUCUUCCUUAAAAUACAAGAGAGAGCGAGAUAGAGAGAUUGUUGUCUCUUUCAUGAUUUCUUUUAUGGAUUUAAUAAAAUGUAAACCAAACGGCUUGCAAAAUAUUGUUUAUAAUGGGUUAGAAUAGUGAAGUAUUCUGGUAUCUCUGGUGGUGUGUUGGCCUUCUGCUCUAUCCAUUGUACGUUUCAUAUUAAUCAAAUGUCUAUGAAAAGAACAGACUCAAUUUCCUCCACAUAUUUAUUUAUUUGUUUUUUUUUAAUUCUUAAUGAUUUUCAGUCAAAAUGUUUUAACGUAGUAUGAUGUUCUUGCUAUACAAAUUUCACUUGGCAUGAACGAUCAUAUUCUGACAUCAAUGCUUUAAAGUUAAACGAAUUUAAAGGGAAAAACAGAUCCUUUUUUUCAUGGUGAUUUUGCCACCAGAUCAAUUCCUUUAGGAAUGUAUUAACAGAGCAGUUAAUGCUAUAAUUAAUUUAAAAUGUAAAAUUAAUUGAACAAUUUGAAUUAAUCCAUUGAGACUUACUCUAUCUAGUAAUUUGCUUACAUUCCCUUUUUUUAAUUUGAUCAAAGAAAUGUUUUUACAUUCCUGGGUUUUUUAUUCUUUAUAUUAGUUUGUUUUGUUGUUGGGGGGAAAUAAAGGUAACACUUUACAUUUAUGUCUCAUGACUGUAUAUACAGCUACUUAGCAAAAACAGGUGUAUUUACACAUAAUUACAAUGUUAUUAUGCAGAUUUACAGUUUAAAUCUUUUCUUUUUU